AUGCGGAACUUGAUGCCGAUACCUCCGGCUGCCAUCCUGACCCUGGUGAAAACUGCAAGGGCGGGGCGGGAGGGCGGGGAGGAGGACGAGGACGAGGACGAGGACGAGGACGAGGACGACGAGGACGAGGACGAGGAGGAGGACGAGGAGGACGAGGAGGACGAGGACGAGGACGAGGACGAGGAGGACGAGGAGGACGAGGAGGACGAGGAGGACGAGGAGGACGAGGAGGACGAGGAGGAGGAGGACGAGGAGGACGAGGAGGACGAGGAGGACGAGGAGGACGAGGAGGACGAGGAGGACGAGGAGGACGAGGAGGACGAGGACGAGGACGAGGAGGAGGAAUCAGGAGGGAACGCGUGUGAGGCGGCUAGAUCUUCAUUGUUUCCUUGA